AUGGACAGUACCACCACAAGCUUCAGCCGCUGCGUAUUGGAAGGGCAUGGAGGAGUGAACCAGCUGGGAGGGGUGUUUGUGAACGGCCGGCCCCUGCCUGAUGUGGUGCGGCAGCGGAUAGUGGAGCUCGCUCACCAGGGGGUUCGGCCCUGUGACAUCUCCAGACAGCUCCGGGUCAGUCAUGGCUGUGUAAGCAAGAUACUGGGCAGGUAUUAUGAGACAGGCAGCAUCAAACCCGGGGUUAUUGGGGGGUCCAAGCCAAAGGUUGCUACACCCAAAGUCGUCGACAAGAUUGCAGAUUACAAACGCCAAAAUCCCACCAUGUUUGCCUGGGAGAUCAGGGACCGGCUCCUGGCUGAGAGAGUGUGUGACAACGACAGUGUACCCAGCGUGAGCUCCAUAAACAGGAUCAUUCGCACUAAGGUCCAGCAGCCUCCUGGGCAGUCAGGUCCCCUCUCGGCUCAUAAUUUAGCCUCCCCUGUGGCAGUGACACAAGUGUCGGCCGUGACCAGCGAUACUGCUGGCUCCUCCUACUCCAUCAGCGGCAUCCUGGGCAUCAGCUCAGCCAACGACACCAGUAAGAGGAAGAGAGACGAAGCUCUCCAAGACUCGCCACUCUCCAAUGGCCAUCACCACAGUGGGCGGGACUUCCUGAGGAAGCAGAUGAGGGGAGAGCUCUUCACGUCACAGCAGCUUGAGACAUCUGAUUACUCAGCUAUGGCGUCUCUGGCCGGGGGGCUGGAGGAGAUGAAGAACAGCAUAGCCAAUCAGGCGGGAGCAGAGCUGGGAGCCAGCGUUUCAGGGCCGCAGUCCUACCCCUUGGUGUCAGGUCGUGACCUUGCCAGCACCACACUGCCUGGGUACCCCCCUCACGUCCCUCCGGCUGGCCAGGGCAGCUACUCGGCCCCCUCACUAAGUGGCAUGGUGCCUGGGGGUGACUUUUCAGGUGGCCCGUACUCUCAUCCUCAGUAUUCCACAUAUAACGAAUCCUGGAGAUUCCCAAACCCGAGUCUGUUAGUGCUGCAGCAGGACUACGGAUCUCUUCUGGGCUCGGACAUGGCCUGCAGCUCUGGGCUGUUCAGCAGCCAGACCUCACAGAUCACAGGGUCUCCAUACUACUACAGCGCUGCCACAAGAGGGACAGGCCCCGCUGCCACCGCUACUGCCAGCUCCUAUGACCGCCAUUAACCUGCCAGUGAGGAGGAGGAAGAGGAGGAGGAGGAGGAGGAGGAGGGAUUGAGGGUGAUAGCACCAGCGUUACUCCACGAGUACAGAGGAUUGGAGAGGAUAGAGAGAGGAGAGUGAAGACACUGUUUGUAUGUCCAAACUUACUUAUAUGCCAUUCUUCAUGUUGUGCCCAGCUCCAUUCAUGAAUUUGUGCUGCCAUGUUGAAAGGAUGAGAAACGCAGCUUUUCUUUGCUCUGCAUCUUUCUCUCAGCCUCUGGUCUUUUGCAUGGACCUCACUGAGAUGCGAACUGUGGUGUUCUAGUCUGAUGAAUAAUGAAUCUUCCAUUGCAAACUCCUCCAGCGCUCAGUCAUUGUUUUGUUUACACUAGAACCUUUAUUACUUGAGUUAAGUCAUGAAUUGAAAAAGCCUUGAAAAAGGAUUUUGAUUGAUUUUGCUGUUUUGUCAUGUCUUUUUAUUUGAUGUGUUGGGAAAAGAAAAUUGCUAAAUGUUCUGUACAGUUUACAACAUAAGGAGAGCUGAGUUUUGAUUUGGCUGAAUGGACAAUCUACCACUGGCUAGAUUUAGGUUCACCUACACUCAUGCAGCGAUGAUGGGGAUGAUGUGCUCAUUGUCUCAUCUAUGACAUCAUAGAAAUUACGGUGCGUGUUCUUUAGUUUGCUAAAACAUGCAUUUUUACUCUUUACUUUUGUUCAUUAAUUUCAAACUUCCUGCUCUUUCCUUUUUGUUGUUAUUUUGUAAUAUACUCUUUAGAAGAAUAUAUGUUUGAGUGGUUGUUCAUGUAAUAUUUUUCUCAGGUUAGUAAACUGGCACUAUUGAAAAGACAGCCUAGCAGACUUGAUUAAUUCUGAUUCCAAGCUGAGAGAGGAGGAAGGUCAUCACUGAAUGCAAAUUUAGAGUGCCUAUGAAAUGAAAGCACAACAUCAGUACUAAUCCUAAAAGGAGAUGUCAGCAUGGACUACAGCGGAAUGCUUACUCCUCUCGAUGUCUACCCAGUUUCCAUCUGAAAGGCAUGCUUUCCAGAGUGUGCUUGAAAGUCUAACACACUCAUAUGGGAUAUACAAUAGCAUAGAUGUACAUUAUGUAAAACAUGUUAUUGUGUGUUUAUGUGUGACUUUCUAAUGCUGCACACACACGUAGCAAUGUAGGUACAAUAAUCACCCACCCUGAAGCACAGUAAACACAUCCAGACAGUAAAUAGUGUACAGACACAUCUCCCUGGCCUCUCCCUGUGUACAUAGAGGUGAUCUAGGUGUGUGGUGUGUAUAUGUGUGUGUAUGCUGGACCUACUAUCCAGCCCUCAUAUUGGGAAUGUUGAAAUAAUUUAAAGAUAUUUAUUGCUGGAGAGCCAGACUAAUAUAUAUGCUCUAUAGGAGACUUGUUGCCAGUAUACAGUGCCAGUGGCUCCAUCUGAGCACUGCUCAGUUUUUAAAGGAAUAACAGACUCUCAUCAGACUUAGCCAGGGUUUGGUAGUGUGUUGUCAAAAGACGUGCCAGUCUCAGCCCCUGUACCCAUUCCCAAUGACGUUAUCAAGCAGACUCACUAGACGUGAAAUCAUUGUGUGACAAAAACCUCCCCAAAGAAACUGACUCUCCUAUAAAGCACAAUGACACAAUGAGUCAACACUGUUUUUUUCCAAUCAAUCAACAUUUCUAUUUCUCUCUUUUUUAUAACACACUCUCUCUCUCUCUCUCUUCUUCAAGUAUGUGUUCUUUAUUUCCGAGUAACUCCUUUCAUCUCCAAUGCGCUGAGACAAUGCACGAAGUGGUGGAGGCCUUACCAAACCCUUUCUGUGUGUCAAAACUGUGUGUCAAAACUGUGAGUGUCUACCACUGUGUGUGUGUGUGUGUGUGUGUGUGUGCGCGCGCGCGCGUGCGUGUGUGUGUGUGUGUACAAUUGAUGCUGUACAGUAUCCAUUUCCAACAAAAUAUCCCCAAUCAGAAUUGAUUGAGAAUUCAUAUUUAUUGUAGAUGCUAGUGAAUGAACAGAGAAAAUGGUGUGAUUUAUUUAGCUAUCGUCCACCCGUGUACAAAUCUUUUUAUGUGCGUUUGUUUUUGAUACGCUGUGGUCUGCUCAGAGUAGCUUUGAACUGAAGGAGUACUGUGUAGUUUCAAUAGCCAAUCAGAAGCACCAAAACUGCAAUGGAAAGGUUAACAAAAUAAGAGGAAAAAUAAAAAUAUAUGAGUAUAUCUUCAGAACGUGUUAGUUUGAUUAUUAAUCUGUAAAGUAGUUAUAGAAUGACUUCUUGUGUUUGUAGGCCUAAGUUGCUGCUUGGGCAACUCUAAAGAAACCCUUAAUAAAAAAUUCACCAUAGUGCUACUGGUGAACUUUGUCCUUAUCUAACCUUGUAGUUUGAGGCAUUAUGAACCUGAGGUGCACCAGCUGAUAUUAAGGACAGUGCCUUUAUUUUUUCUACUGAGUCAUCCAGUCUUGACAUGUGUCCCUAAAGCAACUGUCUGCUCUGUCUACAGAAGGUCACUUAUCUAUAGACCAAUCAAUGCCAUCAAAACAGAGUGAACCACACCAAACUAAUUUGAAUUCACUGGAUUUAGUAUUUCUCUCUUACAAACCAAGGAAACCAGGUUGAUCAAAAGCCUGAACAUAUGUACACAAGAGAUUUAUAUGUUGUCAUUAUCAAGUUAUCAUAAUGUAUUGACAUCAAUUUGAUGCCGUUCAGUUAGUAUAUCACCACAUUUUAGUGGAAUGAUUAGAUGUUGAACAAAGGCAUGACUACCACAGCUAAGAUCUGGCCAUAUACACAAUCAAAAAAACAAUCCUACAUAUGCUUAAAUCUACCCUAGUCUCCAAAAUAUCCUGACCACUUGUACAACUCAACCAUCCCACCUCAAUAUACCUUAGAAUAUCUGACUAAUAUCUUUGCAGACUAUGUAGAAUUAUCAAUGAGGUAACCAUUGCCAUUGAGAAGACCUUAUUGGUUGAAUAAGGUAGAUGUGACUAUCAUUGGCUUAGAAACUUGGCUUGAAGCGGACAGCGGUGAUUAGCACCCACCCCUUAGACACUCCCCCACUCGAUUCCUUUGUCCUCUGUGGGUCACGAGUCCCCCCUCCGUUCCCUCUGGGGGAAUCAAACCUGCUGUGCCAUCAAAACCCAACCUUGCCCCGUCUCACCCCCAUCACUCUCUCUCAUUCACUCUAUCUUAAUCUCAUCAGAGCGCCAGCCUCUGUUCACUCCUCACCUCUCUCGUCUGCCGUCUCACAUCCAGAGGAACUAUUCCAUUGAUCACAUUUCUUGGGAAAAAAAUCUCUCUUUGCCAGUCGGAGGCGAAGGUGCUAUUCCCACUGCUCCACUUCCUUGGUUAAUGCCGGUGAGGUCAUCUCAAUGGCAAAGGAAUGUCCUCUUCCUUGGUACCCUCGAAAGUCAUGUUUGAUUUAUGAUUUUCAAGACAUUACUUUGUGUAGAAAGCAAAAUCAUAAUUUCGUUGACAAAUGGAAUAUAUGAUAUUUGAUGUCAUUAUUUAACAAUUCCUAUCUUCAUGUCAUUUACGCAUAUUUCCAACAAUCCUUGUAUUUGGCCAGAUGCUCUUGCAUGCCUAAGGCAAUGUACAUUUCCUAUUUUAUGACGCACUAAAUUCCUGUGGGGAAAUUUGUACCACAGUGUGCUAAACUUUACAAACAGAAAGUAAUUUAUAAGAAUUUCUAAAGCAUACUUUUAUACUGAGGUUUGCCUUCAAUUGAAGCUCAGCAAGCAAUUCUCCCAGUCUGACCAUCAUGUAGCAAGUGAGUCCCUCCACCUAGUUUGGAUGGGGCACAUAAAGAACAACAAAAUCAAAGCAACUAUAAAUAAACAAGCUUUCAUAAACAAUCAAUCAAAGUACAGUAUCUGUUUGCGAGCUCCUCAUUGACAGUCAGUGUCUGUAUAUGAAAAUAUUAUAUUCGUCAGCUUCUAGACAAAUGGUUCAAAAAUAGUUAGAUUCAAGAUUAAGGUGAAAAUCCACCAUUAAAAACAGCUUGUUAAGUAGACUCAAAUAGACUGCGCUGGUUGCUGGGCAUAACAAGUGCCAUUACUAAUUUCCAUUUAGUUGUAUUUAGACACAGAGACUGUACUGCAACCUGUACAGAAACCCUCCCCAGAGAACCCCCCGAGUGCAACAUCUAAUCUAUCCCAGGAUGAGGAUUAACAGAUCAGAGACUGAUCAGUCUACAGAACAUUUCAUGAAAGAAACAAAACACUUUCUGGUCCCAAAAUAAACAUGCAAAGAUGUCUGCCAUUAUACCGAGGGCUUUACUGUCUUAAAUUCUGUAGUUACCCUCUAUGACUCCUAAUAUUUUGAAAGGACAUAUUCAUCUGCCAAGGGUUCCAAAAGCAAAAGAAAAGUGUGAGUAUUUGGUAAUGACCUUAUUGUGGCCUUUUGCAUACAAUCUGAGAAUCCGUGUGGAUUACAACACUCCUUCACCCCUUGGUGUUGGUAUUCUUUCUUUUCUACUUUCGUUUUUUUAACAAACAGUGAAGUUUUUGGUAUUAGUGGUUUGAAAAGUGGAAAUAGUGCAUUAUUGCCAAGAGAAUUUUAACAAAUAACAGAAAUAAACAACAUAUCUAUAGCAUCCACCAAAGCCUGACAUGGCCAUUUAACAAAUUCAGUACAAGUGAAAAGACUAAAUCAACUAACCAAUAAUGCCAGGUGUCAAAUGCUGAAAUGCCUUCAAACAGAUGGAGGAAUGAAGAAACUAUAAAAUAAACAGGAGUAAAUGAAAGAAUGCUUCUUCGAGAAUUGUGUAUGUUUUUUAUUCAAUUUUCUAGUGGUUAUGAAAAAGAAAAAAAAUCAUUGGUGUGUUUUUGCUCUCUUGUGUGUUGUGUCUUGUCUUAAUAUUUGAAUGUAUCGACUGCAGUGCCAAUUUGCCAAAGAUACCAUUUCCUUUGAGUUCAUUUUAAAUUUCUUUGUUCAUUUUCAGUUUAUGUUUCUGGGAUUUUUUUUUCACACAUGGAAAAUAAUUGUGACUUUGAUAUUAUGCUUUUAAUUUUUGUAAGCUUAUUGUUACUGUUAAUAUUCUUCUUGUUAUUAUUACUGUUGUUGAUGAUGAUUAUUAUGGUUUGUCACGUUUACAGGAUGGCAUCUCUCCACAGCUCUGUACUGAGCAGGGCUUGUUGACUAAUCAGUGUAUGUGCAUCUGUCCCCCAGAGUGACUGUCCCUUUGUGAAUUAUCCUUCUCUGUACUUGUCAAGUGAAUCUUAAGGAGUAAUUAUUUGUAAAUAUUUACCAUAAUUUUAUUGGUU